AUGUCCAAGAGCAAGCUCGACAUCCAACGCAAAUACGCCGAUCAUUUUCGCUUGUUGGGGUUUGACUUACCGGUGGACGCCAACAUCUCCAAGUGGCAUCAGCCGGUCCUGCGCUGCGACCACGAGCUUUGCCUCCUCACUCUGGCCGAUGUCCUCCGGGACACGAUCGACACGACGUUGGAUCUCGUGCCGUCUUUGUCAUGCACGUUGUACCUGUAUGACCGACGCAGUCGCAUGCUCAACACCAACGCCUCGUCCAGUUCCAAGCGGCAACUUGACGUCAAGUUUGCACCGGGCAUGGGCAUUGUCGGGCGGUGCUUUUCGCGGAAAAUUCCCGUGCAUUUGGAAAAACCUGGAGUGAACUCGUUGUUUGAACCCAAAUCCGACGGCAGGAUCAACAAAACCGCCGAGAGCAUGCUGUGCAUCCCACUGGUGGUGCAAGACAAGGCCAUCGGUCUCUUCCAGCUCGUGAAUCGCGUGGUGGAUAAAAAAGACAAGUUGCGCGACCUGGAUCGGUACAUGGAAGGGUUUGACAACUUGCACUUUAACGUGGCCGAACACUUGGGCGAAUCCACCAAUGAAAACGCGUUUCACGGGCGCGACAUUUCAACUUUGACGGAAUACGCGUCCCUCGUGGCCGAGUGCAUUGCCCAAGCUCUGUAUCGCGACGAAGCUAUGGAUCCCACAAAAGAUCACGGCAACAGCGCCAUGGAUUUACUCAACAUGCUCAAUGGCAAACUCACCACCAGCCAUCAAGUCGACAUCCCUGACCUAGCUCCCGAGCGGAAAAUGUCGUCCGUACAGGACCCCGCUGGUCGGCGGCCGUCGAAAUCCCCCCCCAAGUCGCGACUCGCCACCAAAGCACGAGGGGUGAUUGCCCUUCCAAGGUCCCCCACCAACAUGAAGGAGCGACUGGUGCAGGCCGCUAUCAAAUGCCAAGCAUGGGGGCGGGGCUGGCUCGUGCGGCGGCGCCACCCGCUGGCGCGACUACGCCUGGAGCGCACUGCACGUCGUGAAAUUCAACGCGUUAGAGUUUUGAAAAUUCAAAAGACAUUUCGAGGGACCCUCGGGCGAAAAAGGGUGAAACGAAUGCGCACUGCGCGCGUCCUCAUCUCGAAUGCCGUGUUCCAUUAUGCGCAGCGCAAGCAUGAUGGUACCGCCAAGAAGAUCGUCGGGUCCCCUCGCACGCGCAAGCUGUGGGUGCAGACGUCCACGACACUACUGGAUGAACGCACCAAACUCAAGAACAAAAAGGUCACCAACAUCCAAAAGGUGUUUCGUGGCCACAAAGCCCGGGCCGAAGUGAAAGACCAGUUUGGUGUGUCCAACCCUGCCAAAGUAUACCGGUGUUUUGUCAAGUUGCAGGCGCGGUUCAAAGGACGAUUGCUACGAAAGCUCAUUCAAAAGCACACGGUGUUGCAGCACAAGGCGACCAAGACCACCAUCUCUGCGUUCGCCGUGAAAUGCCAUCAUGCGGAGCCCCAAUUGCAGUCCAAAUCGUAUCCACGAUGUCACACUGGCGUGAACCCAUACCUCGUCGCCAAGCGAGGCCAACUUGCAGAUGUUGGCCCCCUGUUCGACGCGUUGCGGCUUCAACAGCAACAUCCCACAAGGCACCAUCCCCCGUUACGCCUUCCAACCGUUCGAAAGCCACAGCACCAAUCCAACGACAACGAGACGACCUUGUCGUUAGGUGGCGUCGACGCCCGACGGCUCGUGGCCGCACACGCCCUGGCGACUAACACCCCCCUUCCCCACCUGGUUCGGCGCAGUCCAGCCAAGUCCCCCGACCAGCCGCCACCGUCUAGAAAUGCCUGUCACUUUGAUCUGGAGCAGCCUCGUCAAAACUACUCGGCAGUACCACGGGCCUGCAUGAAGGGUCCUGCAUCCUCGUCCCCAACAACCAACCAAGACAACACCGUUUACUCUAUCCAGCAGUACCCACAAUACCGAACGACGGCGUAUGCUGUUGCUGUGGGGGCGCCCACCCCCCCUGCACCCCCUUUGCGGUCCCGCCAGCCGCCCCCGCAUCGUCCGUUCAUGUGUCUUGUGCAGCGCACCGAAGACGCAAAGCGCGAAGGCAUUCGGAAGGCGCUGGAAGAACUCAAGUCAUACUACCGCAGUCGCGUCGUGCCCGGACCUGUGAACCGGCGCAAGUCCAUCAAGGAGGUCAUGGACGAGUGCACGUCGCUGGCGUCCAGUCGGUCCGUUUCGAUCCUUGUGCACCGCGUCAAGAUAGCGCCAGGUGUCGACUUCAGCGCGACGCUGCUUGGCCCAGAGAUCGUCGAAGAGCCCGUGAGUGAAAUGGACUCGGUCGACAGCCUCGCGCUGGAGUAUCGACCUGUCACACCCAUGUUGGACGCGAUUCAACUCGUUCCCCCUGAGCCCCACUUCAUCGACAUUCCCACCGUUUCCAGAUUAGAUACCAUCUUUGUUGACAGCAAUGACGGUCCUUCAUGA